AUGCCUAGAUUCUCGGUCGCCUUUUCCCGGCGCAAGUCCGCCGCCGACGAGUUCGAACAUGUGCCCAUAACGACACCUGAGCAGCACUCGUUUCGCGUCAUCGAACGCAAGGAUGUUGCCAACAGCCGGACCUUUGACGGCGGAGCCAGGAUGGCCCGCGCCUCGGCCAAUGUGACCCCGAAGCCCAACUAUCUGGACCUCAACGCCGAGGAAAACAUGUUUGCUGACCUGAAAACAAAUCGUGGCAGCGGCCUUUCCAACACGACGAAUGCCACCUCGACCGACAACUCGUCACGCCAUAGCAACGCUUCAACGGCGCCUUCGUCAACAGACUUUGCUGGAGGCAGCGGGCACGACGACUAUCGCCACUCCGUGAAGCCACCCCCACUGCAACGGCCUCCACAGUCACAGCCCCAGGAGUCUCCGGGCCGUGGGAGCAUCAAGUCCAGCUUCCUGGACCGAGCCACCCGCACAUUCUCCUUUGGCGGGCAGAAGAAGCAUACGAUCCCCCCACCCAAAGAGUCGUCACCUAUUCCCGACGUGCCCCCGAUACUCACCUUUCAGGGCGGGGAGGACCUCGGAAACAGGUCAAGGGGCCUGACCGCAUCGUCGGUGAGUACUGCGACACCGACUCAGCAGGAACAGUCCGCACUGGAUUUGGGUGCGGAUUUUGGUUCUAUGAUGCCAUCCUUCGACAAAAGAGCGAGCAUGGCGACACUGAAGAAUGAUGCCUUUAUCGAGCCCCGGUCUCUCACGGGAGUUCGACACAUCCAGCAAACCCCAACAAGCCCAGACACUUUCCAGCCGUCGGAGCCGCUGCUGAGCGGGCAGAGCAGCCUGAGCGAGUCGGAUACCGCGCCCAAUGCCUACGAUACGCCGCCGCCUCCCGUGCCUCGCCACCAGACCCCUGGCUCCUUCAAAUACGCGAACCGCACGUCAGAUGUGGUAGAGGAUGAAGAUGCUAAGCUCCUGAGAGACUCGGUUACGGCGAUGAAGUCUUUGGCGGCGGAGGAGCAGCGGAACGAGGCCCACGAACCCCGCGGCUAUCGGUAUAGACGUGAGGAAGAUACAUUCGCUUCAACCCAGCAUCGCACCAUCGCCUCUACAUUCAGCAAGGAGGACAACAUGUUCGAGGGGAACGCAUCUCGGUUUUCCCGUCCAUCUCAACCGUACACUCCUCGGUCGGCCAACAACCAGGCACCCCAGAACAAGGUCAUGACUCCCGCAGAAUUUGAAAAGUAUCGACAGGACAAGGAACGAAGCUCGAAUGACAAGGCGGCCGUCUCCGCCGCAAAGGAGGCAGACGACGAAGACGAGAUCAACUACGACGACGACGAGGAUGAGCAAGAAAAGUCGAAGCAGCAGGCAAAGCAACGGAGGAAGCAAGAAGCGCACAUGGCUGUCUACCGGCAGCAGAUGAUGAAGGUCACCGGAGAGCCCGCUCCCAGCACGCCCAUUCAGCGAACCGGACGCCCGGGCCUGCUGCCAUCGUCGAGCGCGCCGCAACUCAGCCAGAUGAAGGCGCCUUCGCCGGACCCAAUCAUCGGAGUUACCGACGAGGAUGAUGACGAAGAUGUGCCGCUUGGCAUUCUGCAAGCCCACGGGUUUCCGAGCAGGAACCGGCCGCCAACAAGGCUGAGCCAGAUGCCUUCAAACUCCCACCUGCGCUCGUCGUCCCAAGGGCCGCCCCCUGGCCGCCCGGCGUCCGUCGUGACAGACUCUCGUCGACAUUCGGUCCUCCCGGCAUUCGCCAGGAACCUGCCACAGGAUCCGUUCGUCGGGGCUAGCAUCGCCCAGCCGGCCGUGAGGGAAUCCCUUGCGUUCGGAGGCGAUGCGGGGCAAUCCCCGAGGCUGCAGGUGCCGACGCCUCCCGGGGGGCUCGUGGGCGUCAUCGCGAGCGAAGAGCGCUCGAGAGCCAUGCGCCGCGGUAGCCCCAGCAUCGACCCUCAUCAAAUGGCCGCCAUGAACGGGCCGCAAGGCCCGGCUUUCGACCCGGUCGCUGGCAUCCCCCCGCACAUGAUGUACAACGGCAUGCCCCAGACGCCUCAGCCGAUGCUCACGCCCGGCGACCAGGCGCAGAUCCAAAUGACGCAGCAGAUGCAGCAGUUCAUGCAGAUGCAAAUGCAGUUUAUGCAGAUGAUGGCGGUAAACCAGAACGGUGGGGGGUCCCCGAUGCAGCCGCCGAUGCAGCAUCAAAUGCUGCAGCCCGGGCAGCAGCCCAUGUUCGGCGGGCCGUUGCCGUACAACCAGUCCAUGGUGGAUCUGCCGUCCCGACACUCGAUGAUGGCCGAGCCGAUGCCGAACAUGAUGGAGCAGCGCCGGAUGGAUUACGGGAUGCGGACGAUGAGCAUGGUGCAGCCCAGUUCCGCAUCUUUCAUGCAACCGCCGCCGCCACGACACGGUGCCCCGUCCAUCCGCGGCUCCAUGGCUGGAUACACGCCCUCGAUUGCUCCUUCGGAGCGCAGCAACAUUGGCCUGCCCGGCCGCUACCGGCCGGUGUCCGUGGCCCCGGCGUCGCCUGCCCUGGACGAGGCCCCGAGACCGAUGACCAUGUCCGGGGGCCUCUCGAGCUGGAGCGACGACAAGAGCAAGUCAACGGUGAAGGCGGUUCCCAAGGAGGAGCAGAACACCGGGGGCGACGACGACGACGACGAGCAAGGCUGGGAGGAGAUGAGGGCCAAGCGCGACAAGAAGCGAUCGAUAUGGAAGAGCAAAAAGAAUUUCUUUGGCGACCUGGCGCUGUGA